AAUCACUGUGAAUAAGCUAAGAAUGGUGAUGCAGUUUCAGGAGUUAGAAAACCCAGUUCACAUUAGCCCUUGCCACAGCUAUACAGCCUCAGGAUUUCUCAUGGAAAUGAUGAGCAUGAAGCCAGCUAAAGGUGUGCUGACAGAACAGGCAUCAUGUCCUCUGGGACAGACUCUAGAAGUGGAGCCGUACUCCCAUUAUAACAGUGUGCAGUUUCCCCAAGUUCAACCACAGAUUUCGUCGUCGUCCUAUUAUUCCAACCUGGGUUUCUACCCACAGCAGCAUGAAGAGUGGUACUCUCCCGGAUUAUAUGAACUCCGGCGAAUGCCAACUGAGACUCUCUACCAGGGGGAGAGUGAGGUAGCAGAGAUUCCUAUAGCAAAGAAGGCACGAAUGGGCACAUCCACGGGGAGAAUAAAAGGGGAUGAGCUAUGUGUUGUUUGUGGAGACAGAGCAUCUGGAUACCAUUACAAUGCACUGACCUGCGAGGGCUGCAAAGGUUUCUUCAGGAGAAGCAUUACCAAAAACGCUGUGUACAAGUGCAAAAACGGGGGCAACUGUGUGAUGGACAUGUACAUGCGCAGAAAGUGCCAAGAGUGCCGGCUCAGGAAGUGCAAAGAGAUGGGAAUGUUGGCUGAAUGUAUGUAUACAGGCUUGUUAACUGAAAUUCAGUGUAAAUCUAAACGAUUGAGAAAAAACGUGAAGCAGCAUGCAGAUCAGACCAUUAAUGAAGACAGUGAAGGACGUGACUUGCGACAAGUGACUUCAACGACUAAGUCAUGCAGGGAGAAAACUGAACUUACCCCAGAUCAACAGAAUCUUCUAUAUUAUAUUAUGGAUUCCUAUAGCAAACAGAGGAUGCCUCAAGAAAUAACAAAUAAAAUUUUAAAAGAAGAAUUCAGUGCCGAAGAAAAUUUUCUCAUUUUAACUGAAAUGGCUACCAGUCAUGUACAGAUUCUCGUAGAAUUCACAAAAAAACUGCCAGGAUUUCAGACAUUGGACCACGAAGAUCAGAUUGCUUUGCUGAAGGGGUCUGCAGUUGAAGCAAUGUUCCUUCGUUCAGCUGAAAUUUUCAAUAAGAAACUUCCAGCUGGACAUGCUGACCUAUUGGAGGAAAGAAUUAGAAAGAGUGGUAUCUCUGAUGAAUAUAUAACACCUAUGUUUAGUUUUUACAAAAGUGUUGGAGAACUAAAAAUGACUCAAGAAGAGUAUGCUCUGCUUACAGCAAUUGUCAUCUUCUCUCCAGACAGACAGUACAUAAAAGAUAGAGAAGCUGUGGAGAAGCUUCAGGAACCACUGCUUGAUGUGCUACAAAAGUUGUGCAAGAUUCAUCAGCCUGAAAACCCUCAGCAUUUUGCCUGUCUCCUGGGUCGCCUGACUGAGUUGCGGACGUUUAAUCACCACCAUGCAGAGAUGUUGAUGUCUUGGAGAGUGAAUGACCACAAGUUUACCCCCCUUCUCUGUGAAAUCUGGGAUGUUCAAUGAGGAGUGUCACAGAGCAGGGCCAGCACUUCACUUUCAUUGUAUAAAUUUGAUGUAUAACUUUCCUUAGUUUCAUUUGUACCUGGCUUCACAAAGGAAUUUUCAUGGAUAUUUAUGUAGUAAUUAUAUAACUGCCACAAUUGUAAAUAGGGGGCUAGCUAGAAUUACUUUCUCUAUAUUUUAUAAAGCUUUAGGGAAUCUUUCACUUUAAUUGGCAUGCCCUGUUUGCCAAGGUAAAUUGUUCUUUAUUUCAGUUCCAUUGAAGUUGGGAAAUUUUCUCUCUUCAUCUUACCUUAUUAUGUGUAUUUUAUUAAAGAAUUGUGUUCGGUUUUGGUAAUAAACCCAACAUAAAGGCAACGGG